AUGCCGCGCUUCGUACUGUGCGUCAGGCUCAAGGCGGGCCUGCUGGGGGUGGGCUUCGAGCAGGAGGUGCAGCUGUUUGCGUGGGGCAGGGAUGAGGGCCCCGGGGGGGCGAAGGGCCAGGAUCUGCGGCUGGCGGACGACGACCCCCUGGUGGUCGAGCUCAGGUGCAGGAUUGAAGGGGAUGGUGGGACGGUGGAGAGCCUGAGGCUGGGGGGCGAGAGGUGCGACGAGGCGUUCCUGCGGCGCUGGCUGACGGCCAAGGGGAGGGACGUCGAGGUCGCCACGGCCGCCAUACGGGCGCACGCGGAGUGGAGGGCCAAGUACGUGCCCUGCGGGAGGAUCACGGAGGAGGAAAUCGCAGGAGAGCUUGCUGCGAAGAAGGUGUACUUGCAGGGCUGUGAUGACAAGGGACGGCCCCUUGUCAUCUUCUUGGGCAGCAAGCACACCAUGGCUGAACGAAAUGUUGAGGAAACUCAGCGACUUAUAUGCUACACCAUGGACAAUGCUGGACUGAUGUCGGACAACUCAGAGGGUGGCGAUGGCAAAGUGUAUUGCCUAUUCGACUUGACUGGACUGAACUUGGAAAACCUUGAUGCCCAGGGUUUUUCAGCAAUCUUUGACGUUCUUGAGAAGCAUUAUCCUGAGAGGUAG